AUGGAGCCAGAGGUCCACGCGGUAUUUGAGCCGGUGACAGGCACAUGGCAAUAUAUUGUGGCGGACGCACACACGAAAGACGCCGUCAUCAUCGACUCUGUCCUCGACUACGACAAAGACACAGGCAAGGUGUCGACGCGCUCCGCCGACGAGAUCCUCGACCUGGUGGCCCAGCGCGGAUACACUGUGACCAGGAUCCUCGAGACGCACGCCCACGCCGACCACCUCACGGCCUCGCGGUACCUGCAGGACGUUCUUGCGGAGCGACAGCGACAGCAAAGCAGCACUGCCAGACCUCCGCAGGUGUGCAUUGGCCAGCGCAUCGCACAGGUCCAGGAAACCAUGUCCAGGAUCUACAACGUCGCCUCGGCGGAGCUAGUCGACGCGUUCGAUCACACCUUUUCCGACAACGAGACCUUUGCCAUUGGAAGCCUCGAGGCCCGCGCGAUCCAUCUCCCAGGCCACACGCCCGACCACCUCGGCUACGUGGUCGGAUCCGCCGUCUUCACGGGUGACUCCAUCUUCAACCCGGACGUCGGCUCCGCCCGCUGCGACUUCCCCGGCGGGUCGGCCGCGGACCUGUUUCGGUCGAUGCAAACGCUGCUGGCUCUCCCGGGACAUUUCAGGCUGUAUACGGGCCACGACUACCCGCCUGACGGUCGAGACGUGGCGCUUGACGGUAACGGGCGGAAUGUAGUGGUCGUGGCGGCUGGGGGGAACAGCAAGGCCGUGCCGUUCACGACCGUCGACACCCAGGCAAGGGAGAACAAGCACGUCAAACGCGGCACAUUGAUGGACGACUUUGUCAAGUGGCGCUCAGAGCGGGACUCUGGUCUCGCCGAGCCCAAGCUGCUCGCCCAGGCCAUGCAGGUCAACAUUCGCGGCGGCAGACUGCCCGCCACGAGCUCAGAUGGCUUCAAGCUCACGGACGUACCCGAACGAGUGGUCAGGGUCGGUCAGGCCGCUGCGUGA